AUGUCUGAACCUCCAUCUUGGUUAUUCUCGAACAACUUCACAAAGGCCAACAACCCGAGCACGUCUAAGGCUUCCGCGACAAUUCAAACAGACAAGAUGGCCAAGGUCAAGAAGGAAAAGAAGUCCGAGAAGCAGGUCAAGGCCGAGCCCGCCUCUACCAAGCAGGCUCCCCCCGCCCAAUUGAUGGACCUCGUCGACUCCUUCCUCUCCGAGAACGCCUUCACUUCCGCCCACGAGGCCUUCCAGAAGCAGCGCGCUAAGAGCGGCUGGAAGCCCUCCGAGAAGGAAGCGGCAAAACCCGACCUCGUCACCGUAUUCCAGACCUGGCAGACUUCUUCCAACGGCCCGGCCAGCAGCUCUAGCGAUAGCAGCUCUAGCGAUAGCAAAAGCGAGGACGUGGACAUGGCCGAUGCGGCUGCCGCCGAUAGUGAUAGCGAUAGCGACAGCAGCUCGACCUCCAGCUCCAGCUCUAGCUCUGACUCCGACUCUGAUUCCAGCAGCGACAGCGAGAGCGAAGACGAGAAGCCCAAGCCCAAGCAGGGCCUGAAGCGCAAGGCGCCUGAGUCGGACAGCAGCAGCAGUGAUAGCAGCAGCAGCAGCGACAGCGAUUCUUCUUCUGACGACUCCAGCUCUGAAGACGAGGCCCCCAAGGCCAAGAAGCAAAGAGUCAAGAAGGAGGACAACAGCUCCUCAUCCGACUCCUCGUCCGACUCCAGCUCGGACAGUUCCAGCGAAUCUGACUCCUCUGAUUCCUCUGACUCAGACUCUUCCGACAGCGACUCCGACACUGACGGUUCCGAGGCCGCAAAGGUCCCUCUUCCCGAAUCCGGCUCCGACUCCGAUUCCGACUCCUCCUCUUCUUCGUCCGAUUCGGAUUCCGACUCAGAUGAAGACACCAAGAAGAAGGUGAAGAAGCAGAAGGCAUCGGCCGACAGCGCCUCCAACUCCUCCGCAACCCUCGAGAAGACGUCCCCUGAGCUCAAGCCCGAGACCGCCACGGCCGCCGACCCGCCUCUGCCCCCCGAUCCCAUGAGCUACCGCGCCAACAACCGCGGCGGCAAGAACGCAAACGGAAAGGAGAAGAAGGUGCCCAACAAGCCCUUCUCCCGCAUUCCUGACGUUGUCCACGUCGACCCCAGAUUCGCGAGCAACGAGUACGUGCCCAACGACUACUCGCAGCGCGCCCACGAGGACCUGAUCGUCACCAAGGGCAAGGGCUUCACCAAGGAGAAGAACAAGAAGAAGCGCGGCAGCUACCGCGGCGGCUUGAUUGACAUCACCAGCAAGAAGGGCAUCAAGUUUGACUGA